AUGGAAUCAAGACAAAAGCGUUUAGCAUAUACAGCUGGUUUCAAGUUAAAGGUUGUGGAAUAUGCUGAGCAACAUGGAAAUAGGGCUGCAGCAAAGCAUUUUGGAGAGCCACCAACAGAAUGCACAAUACGAGAGUGGCGAAAAAUGAAGAAAAGAUCAAGACAUUAUCAAAAACAAAAUGCAGUUUCCACAGCGAUAUUGCUAAAUGGCCAAAAUUGGAAGAACAGGUGGCUUCUUUACUGUGGUUUUACUUGUAUUCAAGAAGGAACACAAUGCACCAAGUGUAAAAGUAACUGGACACUGAAAUUUUCUAUCAUACUUUUGUAUAUAUUAUGUGCCUUGCUAGCAAUAACAUUAGCCGUCCUGGGAUACAAAGUUGUAGAAAAAAUGGACAGUGUUUCUGGUGACAUGGAAGUUUCACGCCAAAGAUGCAGUGAGAAACUUAUAGAAGUGAAAAGUGAUUUAAAGAAACUGGAUUACCAAGCUGAAGAGAAAGCCAUAAGCACAAGCACAGAGCUUUCAAGCUUCAAAGCUGAUAUCUCAGCUCUCCGCCAGCAACUUCAUGAGAUUUCAGAGAAAACUGCGAAGGACAAAAAUACACUGGAGAAGUUACAAGAAUCUGGUAGUGUGUUAAAUGGCAGGCAAAGCCAAAUGAAUGAUAUUUUGGAUAGCAAUUCUUUCACGAUCAACAGUAUCAACAAAACUCUUCAAUCUUACAAUGGCUACAUCAGUGAUCUCCAGCAAGACACAAGUGACAUUCAAACAACUUUGCAAAGCCAAAUGCACUCACAUAACGUUGUUAUAAUGAAUCUAAAUAAUCUUAACCGGACACAGGUUCAGCAAAGAAAUCUUAUCAGUGCUUUGCAGAGAUCUGUGGAUGAUACAAGUCAGGCUAUCCAAAAAAUCAAAAAUGACUUUCAAAACCUUCAGCAGGUUGCCCUCCAAGCACGGAAGGACACUGAUUGGCUUAAAGAGAAAGUGCAUAAUUUGCAAGUAUUAGCAACUAACAAUUCAGUUAUGACCAAAACUAAUAAAGAUACACUUGAGGAUAUGAGCAGUCAGCUGAACUCAUUCAGUGGACAGAUGGAGAAUAUCACUACUGUUGCUCAAGCCAAUGAACAAAGUUUGAAGGAUCUCCAAGAAUACCAUAAAGAAUAUGAAAACAGAACAUCUGCCAGAUUUAACCAGCAAGAAGACCAGUUUAAUAGCUUUGAGACAGAUAUUGUCAACAUUAUUGGUAAUAUUAGCUACACUGCCCAUCGCUUACGGACACUAACCAGCAAUCUCAAUGAUGUCAGGACAACAUGCACAGAUACUCUUAGUAAACAUACAGAUGAGCUGACUUUUAUGAACAACACAUUAGCAAAUAUUCGUUUCGAUGCUACUACUCUAAGGAUGCAACAGGAUGUGUUGAGGACACGGUUAGAUAUUGAAGUAGCCAAUUUAUCAGUAAUAAUGGAAGAAAUGAAGCUGGUAGAUUCUAAACAUGGUCAGCUGAUUAAAAAUUUCACAAUACUACAAGGCCCUCCAGGUCCAAGAGGGCCCAAAGGUGACAGAGGACCCCAAGGUCCAGUUGGACUUACUGGGCCCAAAGGACCAAAAGGAGAAAAAGGUGAACCAGGACCUCCAGGACCUCAAGGUGAAAAAGGACCAAGUGGCCUACCUGGACCACCAGGUGAAAAAGGUGGGAAAGGUUCCAGAGGUUCACCUGGAUCUAAAGGCCAGAGAGGUUCUACUGGGAAGAGUGGGCUGCCUGGUCCUAGUGGAGAUCCAGGGCUCCCUGGAUCACCUGGCAAAGAUGGGCCCCCAGGCCCACAGGGCCCACCUGGACCCCAAGGUCUUCAAGGAGUUGUUGGUGAACCAGGAGUACCUGGUGCUCGUGGAUUGCCUGGUCUGCCAGGUGUACCUGGACUACGUGGUCUUCCAGGUGAGCCUGGUCCUCCUGGACCAUCAGGUCCAGGAAUACCUGUGGCGCUACAAAGUGAAACUAACGGCCCUCCAGGUCCAAGAGGGCCCAAAGGUGACAGAGGACCCCAAGGUCCAGUUGGACUUACUGGGCCCAAAGGACCAAAAGGAGAAAAAGGUGAACCAGGACCUCCAGGACCUCAAGGUGAAAAAGGACCAAGUGGCCUACCUGGACCACCAGGUGAAAAAGGUGGGAAAGGUUCCAGAGGUUCACCUGGAUCUAAAGGCCAGAGAGGUUCUACUGGGAAGAGUGGGCUGCCUGGUCCUAGUGGAGAUCCAGGGCUCCCUGGAUCACCUGGCAAAGAUGGGCCCCCAGGCCCACAGGGCCCACCUGGACCCCAAGGUCUUCAAGGAGUUGUUGGUGAACCAGGAGUACCUGGUGCUCGUGGAUUGCCUGGUCUGCCAGGUGUACCUGGACUACGUGGUCUUCCAGGUGAGCCUGGUCCUCCUGGACCAUCAGGUCCAGGAAUACCUGUGGCGCUACAAAGUGAAACUAACGGUUGUCCUGUUUACUGGAAGAAUUUUUCAGACAGCUGUUACUACUUUUCAAAUGAAAGAGCCAUUUUUGAAGAUGCAAAACUUUUCUGUGAAGAGAAAUCGUCACAUUUGGUUUUCAUUAAUAGCAAAGAGGAACAGCAAUGGCUUAAAAAACAAGUUAUCGCAAAAGGCAGUUUCUGGAUUGGUCUCACUGACUCAGUGAAGGAAGAUGACUGGCGAUGGCUGGAUGGAACUAUACCAGAAUAUAUAAACUGGAGUGCCGGACAGCCCGAUAACUGGAAACAUGGCCAUGGACCAGGGGAAGAUUGUGCUGGGUUAAUCCAUGCUGGGCUCUGGAAUGACUUUCACUGUGAAGAUGUUAACAGUUUUAUUUGUGAACAAGAUAUGGAAAAAGCUCAGUCUCCAGGAUUGUAAUAGGUUGUGGGCCAAGAGAUUGACAUUUUCUUUGCAAAGAAAUUCAUCUGGGACUGAACCAUCACCCAACUAAGAAAAGGAGCACUGAGAACUUUGAUGAAUGAACUUCAUCAGGACAAUUUGUCCUCCAGAUCUUCUAAUUUUUCAGGGGCUUUACAACCUGUUGCACAAACAUGUUGAUUGAAAAUGCAAUUGGAUAGAACUACCUGUAGAUUCUCCUCAGUCAUAAAGCAGAAGAUGUAUUAUGGUAAAAAAUAGACUAUAGCAAGCUGAUUACAAGUUACAACGUUACUACUCUAGGAAGACAAAAAAAUACAAAGCUACUGUGUAAACAAAGCAGCCACUUGCUGAGUUCCCAAAUAUUGGCAAUUUAUAUAAAUAUACAUGUAUAAAUUUAUAUAAAUUUUAUAUAUAAAUAUAUAUAGUCCAAUUCUGAUCAGUAAUAUAGAAUAUACUUUUUAAAACUUUUAAAAUUCUGUAUUUUUGUACAAAACGUUGCCUAUUAUAUUGAUUUAAUUGCCUUUUUAUACAAAUAUAGUAAAUAGAAGUCAAAGAAAACAUCAUUGAUACUCCUUACCAUUCACUAGAAAUAAUUGUCUGGAAUAAAUUACCCAAGUUUAAUACCCUGUGAAACUGAUUUUAGAUUGCAUUUGCAGUCUUUUAUGUAAGAACGUGCACAAUGUUAUGAUCCCAAGGAAAAACAUCCCUGUUUUUCUGAACUGGUCUUACUGACUACACUAGCAGAACUCCAGGGAGAUGAAAGUCUAAGCAAUAGAUUUGAAGGAAGGGAUUAAAUUAACCAGUAAAGUAUGUACUUUACAUAUAGAAAAUUCCUGAUUCAUUCUCCCUGAUUCCAGUUAAAAUAAUCAAGAAGUCAGAGAUAAGAAAGGACAUUGCCCAGGGCCCUGGGGAAUUUUACUAGCUAGUAUAACGCAGGGCUUGGUGGACUAACUGCCUAACAUGACCUAAUACAAAGUAUGUUUUUAUGCUCGUCUUAUUUCCUUCAUGUGUAGGCAAUUUCUAUUGGUGUAAUGGGCUUCAGAGCAUUGGGGACUAGAUUUUAAGACUAAUAAAGGCUUUAACCAAAAUAGAUAUUUCUGAUAGAUGUGUGCAACUUGUUCUUAAUGUCUUUUGGUAUACCCACCCCUGAGGGGGGAAAAAAGGAGACACCAAUAGACUCUGCCAUUUCCCGACUAGACUUUUUUCUGCUCCAGUUCAGCCCCUCCAAAUUGCAGCUUUUUCUUCCACAUGGAAAAGCACUUGUCAGAAAAUGGUUAACCAUUCCAUCCCACAGUUGGUUUCCUGUUGUUUGUCAACAAGAAGUUGCUUUGGAGAAAAGAAAGAAAAAAGGAAGAAAGCAAAAUGCAAGGCAUUGGGAAAAAGUUCAAUAUAUCUGCUUGCAACAUCUAGUUUGGUAGAUCAACUGGCAAAAAUACUACAAUAGUACAGUGGUACCUCUACUUACGAACGCCCCUACUUACAAAUUUUUCGAGAUACGACCAGCUC